UUGCGAAAGGAGCAAUUUAUGUCACCAAAUCAAGCAGAACUAAAACAACACUCGCGGCCCACCAGGGACGCAGGACUUCCAUCCGCACCGGCGCCGUCACUGCCCACACAACAACUGUAGCCAGGGAUUUCCGCAGUUGUUGCACUGUUUGCAUACCUACGGUGUAUUCAAGCUGAAGCAAGACGUGCUGCCAGUGCCAAUACUAUUGAUUACUCGCCGAGAACCUACAAAUAUGUACCUACUUAAGUUCGUUUUUAUUGCAUAUAACAUAUAAUGUUAGCUACCUAUAAAGAAAGAAAGAAAAUGAGUUUUAUUGCGCAAAUAUACCUACCUACAUAGGUAAUUGGUUAGUGGUUUGAGAACAUCGCAAGAGAUUCAAUGUUGGUUUGAUAAGUAACCUGUGACCUGUAGAUUUGGCAGAACAGAGAGAAACAAGUUUGUCAUCGAUGACAGCGGCAGUGGGCGCGGGCGCCGCCGAUAGCGCCGCCGCGACAGUCGGCGGCACAGUCGGCGACGCCGCGCCGAGUCGCACGCACGCACCGCACACAUGCCGAGACACGAGUCGGAGGAGCGCGGCGUGGCCGCGUGGCUGCGGCGCUGGUGGCGCGCGCUGCUGGCGGAGCUGCUGGCCACGGCGCUGCUGGUGUGGCUGGGCGUGGCCGCCAUGAUGCCGGUGCGCGGGCCCGGCUCCGUGCUGCUGGCGCACCCCGCCAUGGCGUUCGGCUUCGUGGUGGUGGGCAACGCCGUCGCCUUCGGGCCCGCGUCGGGCGCGCACAUGAACCCCGCCGUGACGCUGGCGGCGCUGCUGCACGGGCAGCUGGGCGCGGCGCCGGCGCUGGGCUACGCGCUGGCGCAGCUGCUGGGCGGCGUGCUGGGCUUCGGCGCGCUGCUGGGCACGACGCCGGCGGCGGCGGCGCUGGCGCCGGCGGGCUGCACGCUGCCGGCGCCGCACGUGUCGGCGCUGGCGGCCGUGGCGCUGGAGGCGGCCAGCACGGCGGUGCUGGCGCUGGCGUGCUGCGGCGUGUGGAGCGCGGCGGCGCGGGGCGAGCACGACCCCGCCGCGCCCAUCAAGCUGGGUCUGGUGGUCGCCGGCCUCGUCUACGCAGCGGGACACGCGACGGGCGCCAGCCUCAACCCGGCGCGCAGCUUCGCGCCCGCGCUGCUGCACGCGCACUGGGACUACCACUGGGUGUACUGGGCGGGCCCGCUGGGCGGCGCGGCGCUGGGCGCGCUGCUGCACCGCUGGGUGCUGACGCCGCGCCCCGAGCUGCCGCACGACCAAGACCUGCCGCUGCGGGAUAAGGCCGACCAGCCCUAGUCGCUUUCAUCUUCCUAACCAGCUCCAUGAACUUCAUUGAAAACUUAUUGCCGGUACCUAGCGGAAUCAUUGCUUACAUUGAAAAAGACCUGUUUAAAUGAUAAAUUAUAUUUAUUUUGCAAAUUGGUUGGAAUCAACAUUUUCAAACGACUUUUUCAAAAGUGAAAUAAGAUCACCAUCUCCUCACCACUUUCGAGUGAUUCGAAAAGGACUUCUCAUAGUACUCAAGGAAGAUAUGAGGCCCGCGAAGCAUACUGCCACUUUAACCAAACACACUUUGAGCACAACUCAGGCCUCCAAUAUACAGGCUCCGCCUAAUUUGGGAACCUACGCUUCAAUAAGACAAUUAUGUUAAUCUUCUAUUGUGGUGACAACAAUAUACCUAAAUAUAAGGGUUCGGUACCCAAAAACGGGACGCUUUUACUACUUUUACUAAUUUGUGCCUCGAAGACCUACAGUUUUGCUAUUAUCCGGGUGUUCAUUUGAAAAAUACUGAAACAAAGGCUCAAAUGUCUAUCGGUAUGUGAAAAAGCAAAGUUAUCAACUUUUUGAAAGUGAAAAGAUACGCGAUGAAGUUUGUAUGGAAUUUAAUGUGCCAAAAUUGAAUCUUUGUAGAAUAUAUGUAGUAAUAUUAUUUUUGUGACUUUAUACCUACUAAUAAAAGCGCAUGUUAGAA